CUGCUUCUGAAGCUCGGCUGUGCAGAAGGAGCAUUGCAGCCAUGGCUGACCCUGGCAUGAUGAGCCUUUUUGGGGAUGAUGGGAAUCUGUUCUCUGAUGGGCUAGAAGGCCUGGGGGACUGUGGCUACCCCCAGGGCCAGGCAAAUCCCAUGAGCCAACAGAUGCCACACGAGCACCAAGGCUACGGGCAGCUCUCCUCUUCUCUCCACCUCUCCUCACAAGCCGUCCCCGGACAGCCCAAGCUUGGCCACCAUUUCGACCACUUCGGUCAGUACGAGCAGCCCAAAAUGCACCCUAUGGACCAGCAGGGCGGCGGAAUGCUUGGGAACGGGCCGGUGAAUGGCAUGUCUUCUCCUCACUCGCGGUACCACAACGCUCCACCCAGUCACAGCGGAGGAGCCGGACCAGGUGGAGGCCACCAUGUCUACUCUGGCACACAAGGAGACGGACGCAAUCAAUCAUUCCCUGAUGGUGGAGGUGCUUGGGGACCUCAGGUGGUCCAGGUGCCCGAGCAGGGCCGACCGCCUUUCCAGCAGCAAGCACCACAGCCUGCCUCUCACCAGCAUGGCCCAGCAGGACCCCAGGGACAUGCACACCAAAUGGGCUACAUGAGCCGGGGCGAAUACGCCAUGCCCGGUCACAACCAGACCCAGACUCCUCCAAGGAUGAACCACUUCCCUCAAGGCCUUCCUCAGGAGGCUAACCAUUUCAUGGGUCACGUGGGUCUCCCACAGAACCCCAAUAUGGCUGGUCCCCCCAUGCGCCACCCUACACAGCCACCUCAGCAGCAUCAGCAGCCCCCCCAGCAGUUUCUCCAUAGGCCUGGCCAGGGGCCUGUGCACCCAGACUCUGUGGGCAGCCACAACUCCCAGUUUCCACCUAGCCCCUCACGACCACAGCAACAAGUCAUAGCUGGAAGACCCCAUCAAAACAUGGGAUUUAACAUGCACAACCAACAAGUCCCUCCCAACACUGUAAACAGCUCAGGGCAGUACCCUCCCUAUCCUCCGUACGGCAACCUUAAUCAGGGAUUAGCCAAUACUUCAGGGAUGAGCCCCAGCAUGAGCCUUACCACCAGCAGCAGCAGCAGCAACCCCAAUGCUCCUGUUACCCAGGUGCAGCGCUACCCUGCCCCAGGAGGCCCACAUCACUACCCUGCACCGGGGGCCCAACAGGGACCGAUGCACCAGCAGCCCAUUCAUGUGAACCAAAUCAACGCCCAGCCUAUGCACCCUGCCCAGAACCAGGCCGUACCCCAGCAGAAGCUGCAGCAGCAACACCUGCAGCCUCCGCCUCAGGGAUCUUACGGCUCACCCCCCUCCAUGUCACCCAUGAGGAACCUGGGGACCCCUACCGGCACCCCUCCGCCCCAGCAGGGUCGCCCUCCCAGUGCUGGGCAGGGUUCAGACAUGGGUGGCUAUGCUGGUGUGCCUCUCCAAACCCAGGGCUCAAUGGCACAUCCACAGAGAGGCCCUAUGAAUACAACACAACAGCAUCCUCACCCUCAACAACUCCCACAUCCAUCACAUCCACAGCAGCACCCCCAUCCUCCACCCACGCAGAUGUACGCGGCCUUGUCGCCCAACCAGAGGCCACCGGUUGCUCAGGGAAGGCCUGCGACGGGACCUGGCACAAACCACACGGAGUCACAGGAACAGAGGGUUCCCCCUCAGCAGCCUCAGCGAUCGGGGCAGCAGCUGCAGUCACCACCAAUGCCUUUCCAGCAGCAGCUGCAGCAGGUGCGCACCCCUCCUUCCCUCCCCUCCACCCAGGUGCACCUGGCCACGCACCACCAGGGCUCUCCCCCAUCACAGCAGCCGUGGGCUCCACCUCACCAGUCACCUCCACCCAGCCAGAAAGUGCCUCACAUGCAGCAUUCCCCAUCAGAUUCUUCAGCUGAGAUGACAGCAGCUAGUAAGACACCUGCCUCAGGCCCAAACCCCCAGCCAGCCAACUGUGACACGCAGCAGACGGAUAGCAACCAAAAGCCAAAAAAGAAGAAGAAAAAGAAAGCCAAGGUGAAUGAGGAAGGGGAGGGAGAGAAGAAGCCGGAGGGAGGAGAGAGCCUGGACAACGGUGCAGAUGCCACAAUGAGUGGCACAGUCCAGUCUCCCGUGGAGAAGAAGAGCAAGAAGAAACCAAAGGAGAAGGAGCCCAAGGAACCGAAAGAGCCCAAGACUCCCAAAACACCGAAAACACCCAAGACACCCAAAGAACCUAAGGAGAAGAAGGCCAAGACCACCACCCCAAAGCCCAAAAGCUCCAAGAAGCCCAGCACCAAGAAGUCUGACUCUGAGACUGGCGGCAGUACUAAGAAGGAGGCUAAACGCAAGCGGGAAUCCUCCAUCUCCUCAGACGUGGAGAAGACACCACCACCCUCACCAGAGGAAGACGAUGAUGAUGGCAUACAGAAGAGGCGCUCCAGCCGACAGGUCAAAAGGAAGCGCUACACCGAAGAUCUGGAGUUCAGGAUUUCUGACGACGAGGAUGACGGUGAUGAUUCUCCCGGGCCUAAAUCCCCAUCCAACACCUCUGAGCAGCAGGAGGUCCCUGAAACGGAGGGCCCUGUUGUGGAGAAGAUCAUGGGGAUGCGCAGGUCGAAGAAGGAGUUGGAAUCUGGGGAAGAAGUGGAAGUUGAAGAAUUUUAUGUCAAGUUCAAGGGCUUCUCUUACCUGCACUGUCGCUGGGCAGAUAUCGAGGAGCUUGAAAAGGACAAGAGAAUCCACCAAAAGGUCAAGAGGUUUAAAGCCAAGCAGGCAGUCAAUAACUUCCUCAGCGAGAUGGACGACGAGCCUUUCAAUCCAGACUACGUGGAGGUGGACAGGGUUCUGGACGUGUCUGAGAGCACAGACGAAAACGGAGAGCCUGUGACUCUGUAUCUGGUGAAAUGGUGCUCCCUGCCUUAUGAAGACAGCACAUGGGAGCUGAAGGCAGACAUCGACCAAGGGAAGAUCGAGGAGUUUGAACGAGUCAUGGCACGGGAGCCAGAGCUGAAGCGCGUGGAGCGACCUCCUGCUAGCGACUGGCAGAAAUCCGAGAGUUCCAGGGAAUAUAAAAACAGUAACGCGCUCAGGGAAUACCAGCUGGAGGGAGUCAACUGGCUGCUCUUCAACUGGUACAAUACACGAAACUGCAUACUAGCAGAUGAAAUGGGGCUGGGCAAAACCAUCCAGUCCAUCACAUUCCUGUAUGAAAUUUACCUGAAGGGAAUUCACGGUCCUUUCCUGGUCAUCGCUCCGCUCUCCACCAUUCCUAACUGGGAAAGGGAAUUCCGGACAUGGACCGAGCUCAACGUGGUGGUGUAUCACGGAAGCCAAGCCAGCCGAAGGACCAUUCAGGCCUACGAGAUGUACUACAAAGACACGCAGGGCCGAGUAAUAAAGGGAGCCUACAAAUUCCAUGCCAUCAUCACCACGUUUGAGAUGAUCCUGACUGACUGCCCAGAGCUGCGCAGUGUACCCUGGCGCUGUGUGAUCAUUGACGAGGCCCACCGGCUCAAAAACAGAAACUGCAAACUGCUGGAGGGGCUGAAGAUGAUGGACAUGGAACACAAGGUCCUGCUGACAGGGACACCCCUGCAAAACACUGUGGAGGAGCUCUUUAGUCUUCUGAACUUCCUGGAGCCAGACAGGUUCCCCUCGGAGUCCACCUUCAUGCAGGAGUUUGGGGACCUAAAAACUGAAGAACAGGUGCAGAAGCUUCAGGGUAUCCUAAAGCCAAUGAUGCUCCGUAGACUGAAAGAGGAUGUGGAGAAGAACCUGGCGCCCAAGGAGGAGACCAUCAUUGAGGUGGAGCUCACCAACGUGCAGAAGAAAUACUACCGCGCCAUCCUGGAGAAGAAUUUUGCCUUCCUCUCCAAGAGCGGAGGUGGUGGCGGAGGAGGCGGAGCCAGUGUCCCUAACCUGCUGAACACGAUGAUGGAGCUGAGAAAGUGCUGUAACCACCCCUACCUCAUCAACGGUGCUGAGGAGAAAAUUAUGGAGGAGUUUAGGGAGAGUCACCCCGCUGAGCACCCAGAGUUCCACCUCCAGGCCAUGAUCCAGGCCGCAGGGAAACUGGUGCUGAUCGACAAGCUGCUGCCCAAACUGAAGGCUGGGGGUCACCGCGUGCUCAUCUUCUCCCAGAUGGUGCGCUGUCUGGAUAUCCUGGAGGACUACCUCAUCCAGAGACGGUACCCGUAUGAGCGCAUAGACGGGAGAGUGAGGGGAAACCUGCGACAGGCAGCUAUAGACCGCUUCUCCCGCCCGGACUCGGACCGGUUUGUGUUCCUGCUGUGUACCAGGGCUGGAGGCCUUGGCAUUAACCUGACUGCUGCAGAUACCUGCAUCAUAUUCGACUCUGACUGGAACCCUCAGAACGACCUGCAGGCUCAAGCACGAUGCCACAGGAUCGGACAGAGCAAAGCCGUGAAAAUCUAUCGCCUCAUCACCCGGAACUCCUACGAAAGAGAGAUGUUCGACAAGGCCAGUCUGAAAUUGGGCUUGGACAAGGCUGUGCUUCAGUCGAUGAGUGGGAGAGAGAAUGCUGCCAACGGGGUUCAGCAGCUCUCUAAGAAAGAGAUUGAGGACCUCUUGCGCAAAGGAGCGUAUGGAGCCAUCAUGGAUGAGGAGGAUGAGGGAUCAAAAUUCUGCGAGGAAGACAUUGACCAGAUUUUGCAAAGACGCACACAGACCAUUACCAUUGAAUCAGAGGGCAAGGGCUCCACUUUCGCUAAGGCGAGCUUUGUGUCCUCCGGAAACAGAUCGGACAUUUCUCUGGAAGACCCUGACUUCUGGCAGAAAUGGGCAAAGAAAGCAGAACUGGACCUGGACGUGAUCAACGGAAGGAAUAACCUGGUGAUUGACACGCCUCGGGUCAGGAAACAGACGCGCCACUACAGCUCAAUGAAGGAGGAUGAGAUGAUGGAGUACUCGGAACUGGAAAGCGACUCUGAGGACAAACCAGUCCAGAAACCUCGUAGGCCCCUGGACAGAACCCAGGGGUACCCCCGCAGCGAGUGCUUCAGAGUGGAGAAGAACCUGCUGGUCUACGGCUGGGGCCGAUGGGGCGACAUCCUGUCCCACGGGCGCUUCAAACGGCCGCUGCGUGAGCGAGACGUGGAGACCAUCUGCCGUGCCCUCCUGGCCUACUGCCUACUUCACUACCGCGGAGACGAAAACAUCAAGAGCUUCAUCUGGGACCUCAUCACCCCCACCGAGGAUGGCCAGAGUCGCACUCUCACCAACCACUCCGGGCUGUCUGCUCCAGUGCCCAGGGGCCGUAAGGGGAAGAAGGGAAAGCUGCAGGCUGCUCAGCCCCACAUGCCUCAGGCUGACUGGCUGGCUGACUGCAACCCUGACAUCCUCCUGCAAGAGGACAGUUACAAAAGACACCUCAAACACCACUGCAACAAAGUUCUGCUGCGGGUCCGCAUGCUGUACUAUCUGCGACAGGAAGUCAUCGGAGACCAGGCAGAAAGAAUCCUGGAAGGAACAGAUUCCAGUGAGCUGGAUAUUUGGAUUCCACAGCCUUUCCACGCCGAAGUCCCCGCUGACUGGUGGAACCUCGAGGCGGACAAGUCUCUUCUUAUUGGCGUCUUCAAGCACGGCUAUGAGAAGUACAACUCGAUGCGUGCCGACCCCACCCUGUGCUUCCUGGAGCGAGUGGGUAUGCCCGAUGCCAAGGCCAUCGCUGCCGAGCAGAGGGGAGCGGACGUGAUGGCAGAUGGUGGCGAGGGGGAGGAUGAAGACCCCGAGUACAAGCCACUCAGAAUGCCUUUCAAAGACGAGCUGGAUGAUUUCACUAAUUCCCCACUUGAUGAUAAAGAGGAAUCCAUGGAUGUUGAAAGUGGAGAAGCCCCUAAACUUGGCGAAAACGGUAAAGGAGGAAAUCUGUACUGGCCGCCAGCAUCAGCCCUGACCGCCCGGCUCCGUCGGCUCAUCACGGCCUAUCAGCGCACUCACAAGAGAGAGCAGCUGAGACAGGAGGCCAUGAACAAGCCCGACCGUCGCCGCCGCCGUCACCGCGAUGACAUCCUCUCUAUGGUGACAGACGGAGCAGCCUAUGGGCAGGAAGGACCGGCUUUUCUCGCGGAAGCCGGACCUUUCAUGCCCAAGCCCACGACCUUCAUCCCCGAAGGGGCUGCCCUCAUGGCCGACGCAGGGGCCUUCUUCAGAGAGAGACGACAGAGAUGGACUAGGAGAGAGGAGGCUGACUUCUACCGUGUGGUGUCCACAUUUGGCGUGGUUUAUGACGUUAGCAGACAGCGUUUCGACUGGACACAGUUCCGUGCUUUUGCUAGGCUAGACAAGAAGACAGAUGAAAGUCUAGAAAAAUACUACUUUUCCUUUGUGGCCAUGUGCAAACGGGUCUGCCGAAUGCAAGCAAAGGCAGAUACAGAGCUGGCAGACCCCACCCUGAUUAUUGACCCCAUCACAGAGGAGCGGGCCUCCAGGACUCUGUACCGCAUAGAGCUGCUGCGCCGGAUUAGGGAGCAAGUUUUGCCUCACCCACAGUUAGAGGAGCGUCUGCGGCUGUGCCAGCCCAGCCCUGACCUGCCUGCCUGGUGGGAACCAGGCCGUCAUGACCACGACCUCCUGAAGGGCGCUGCCAAGCACGGCGUCAGCCGCACCGACUACCACAUCCUCAACGAUCCCGAACUGAGUUUCCUCGAGUCCCACAAGAAGUUCUCACAGGGCAAAGGAGCUGAACCCACCCUGGCUUCAGAGCCUGUUCUCCCUGUCUCCCUCGUCAAAGAGGAGCAGGAGCUGAAGGAGGAGCAGGCAGGCUCCUCAGACAUCAAAGAGGAAAAUAAUGAUGCCAGCAAGGACGAAAUUAAAGAGGAGGAGAAGCCAAGUGUUAUCUCUCCUGAGGAGGAGGUGAAGAAAGAGGAGGCGGCAGAGGUGCAGGAAGAAGAGCCCACAAAGGAGUCUAAAGAGGAGACGACAGAGGAAGUUAAAGAGGAAAUGGCAGUUGAGAAGACUGAGGAAGACCAGAGCUCUCCUGAAAAGGUUGAAGAGACCAAGCCCGACGAGGAGAAGCCUGCUGAUCAGGAGACCUCUGACACACCCACUACAUGUGAAGGCAAAGAAACUCAGGCAGAAGAGAAAGAGCCCGUUACAACUUCAGAGUCCAAAGCCCAGCCUGAGAGGGCCUCAGAGGAAGAGGAAGAGGAGAAAAUGGAUGAAGAUGACAAGUCUGAGAAAUCCUCACAGGCUGAAGCUGGUGCUGCUUCUGAACGGAAGAACUUUGAUGAGGAGAGCAACGCUUCCCUAAGCACAGCCCGAGACGAGACACGAGACGACUUCGGAGUCGAUGACGUGGAACCAUCCGCUUCUCAAGUGUUCCCUGAAAGACCCUUCUUCUUCUGGCCAAAAGACAGGGUGAUGAUCAAUCGCAUGGACAACAUCUGUGAGGCGGUCAUCAAGGGCAAGUGGCCUUCCAACAGGAGGCAGUUCUUUGACUUCCCAGGCCUGUUGCCUAGCUACAGCUCCAUGGCAACGGAGAGCCCCCUGCAGAGGAGGAGUCUGGGUGAUCUGUCCAUGGUGGGUCAGACCAGUUAUAGUGGCAGCGAGGACCUCACCAUGUCACCACAAGUCAAUAAGGAGGAGGCGCUGAGUCUGUCUGUGCCACGACAGCGCAGGCGUAGGAGGAGAAAAGUGGAGAUCGAGGCAGAGAGGGCAGCCAAGCGUAGGAACCUGAUGGAAAUGGUGGCACAGCUGCGCGAAUCCCACGCCUCUGAGGGCCAGGCUCAGGCCAUGGACUUGACCAAGGCCUUGCACGGCCUGUCCUCCUCCUCCUCCUCCUCCUCCUUCCCUCCAUCCAUGGCCACCAACGCCACCCUCAAGGCCCAGAUGGAGCUGCUGCAGGCAGGGGCCUCCGUCAGGCCUCGGGCCAACGGCUCCCUCCUGGAGGCCGAGCUGCCCACUCGUAGGAGGAGAGGGCGCCGGAAAAAUGUGGAAGGCCUGGAACUGCUCUUCAUGGGCAACAAGAGAGGAUCAAUCAGUGCUGAGGAUUCAGAUGGGACCAAAGCUUUUGCUGAUGCAGCUCACAUGCCAGGCCGGGCACACAGACACAUUCCAUCUCCAGCCCAGAAAGGCCCUGGGGCUGGACACUCUGCUUCUGGCCUGGAGGAAGGCAGCCAUCUUAAAGGAGAGGAUGGUCCCAGCACUAAGGACCUGAGAGAGUGGCUCAGACAGCAUCCCACCUACACUAUGGACAUGCCAGGAUACGUACCAAAGAAUGAGGACCUGCUCCUCUCACAGUUCCCCAAACCCAAACAGAAGAGACAUCGUUGUCGCAACCCCAACAAAAUCGACAUUAACACACUGACUGGAGAGGAGAGGGUGCCUGUGGUCAACAGAAGGAACGGGCGAAAGAUGGGCGGAGCCAUGGCCCCUCCAAUGAAAGAUUUGCCUCGAUGGCUAGUGGAAAAUCCAGAAUUUGCCAUUGCACCAGAUUGGACUGAUAUUGUUAAGCAAUCAGGUUUUCUCCCAGAGUCCAUGUUCGAUCGUCUGCUGACAGGGCCUGUGAUCAGAGAACAAGGUGUCCGCCGCAGAGGCCGACGGCCCAAAUCCGAGAUCGCCAAGGCGACAGCUGCAGCGCAGGCCGCGGCCGCGGCAGCAGCCGCGGCUUCCACCUCCGGAGUGAACCCCUUGCUGAUGAACGGGCUGUUUGGAGGCAUGGACCUGACCAGCUUGCAGGGUUUGCAGAGCCUCCAGAGUCUCCAGCUGGCUGCUGGACUCAUGGGUUUCCCCCCGGCCCUGGGCGGAGGGGCCGAUGCCAAGCACGCCUCGGCCAUGCUGCCACUCAUGCUGCCUGGCAUGGCCGGCCUGCCCAACAUGUUCGGGCUGGGCGGUCUGUUCGGCGGCAAUUUGGCAACCGCCGCGGCCUCCACUUCAAACGGCUCCUCCUCCACCGCGGAGCAGACGGAGUCCGAGGAAAAAUCCAAGGCUAAGAAAGACGAGGAGACCAAGGAAGAAGGAGAAGAGAAGGAGGAGAAAGAGAAGGAAGCGGAAAAGGCCACGGAGACGGAGUCAACCGAGGCCAACGGAGAAGCUGCCCUCAGCGCUGCCGCGGCCGCAGCCGCCGCCGCCGCUGCCGCCACCGCCGGCAUGUCCACCAACCCUCUGGCCUUCAACCCUUUCCUCUUGUCUACCAUGGCCCCUGGCCUCUUCUACCCAUCCAUGUUCCUGCCCCCAGGCCUCGGUGGCCUGGGUCUCCCAGGCUUCCCCUCGGCCACUCUUGCCGACCUCCAGAGCGCUGUAUCCGGAGCCCUGGGCGCCACGAGUGAAGACAAAGAGUCCAAUAAGGACCCUCAUCCAGACCAGGACCAGACCGCUUCCACGGGGGACGCCGAUACGGCGGACAACACAAUUGAAGACAGUGACUCAGAGGAAAGCCAGAACAAGAUGGCCGAGUCGUCGGCCCUGGACGAGGACCUGGUCGGGCCGGCCGAGGAACUGGACUCCCUGGAAGGAGGAGAGGAUGAGGAUGAUGACGAAGAUGAGCCUGCCGAUGAGGAUGAGGACAAGAGUGACUAA